AUGGCUCCCUCUGCUGCAUCCCCGAUAUCCCCCUCCCAGCACAAGGGCGAGCAGGAUGUGGACCUGACGUCGAUGGCCAUUGAGCACAAGCUGGGCUCUGCACCCCUUAAGAACGGCCAUGUCGAGACCAAGCUUCAGGAGCUGGACGCUUCCAAGCUGACUUUUGAGCGGACGAAGAACCCGCGUCCAGUCCCUGAUGAAGCCACGGCUCAUGCCGGCACCGAGACCAUCGCCACCGACCACAUGGUCGCCGUCUCCUGGAACGCUUCGACCGGCUGGGCCGCUCCGGAGCUCAAGCCCUACGGCCCCAUCUCCCUGAUGCCCACGGCCUCCGUGCUGCACUACGCCACCGAGUGCUUCGAGGGCCUCAAGGCAUACCGCGGCUUCGACGGCAAGCUGCGCCUCUUCCGGCCAGACUGCAACGCGCGGCGCAUGCUCACGUCCGCGGUGCGCAUCUCCCUGCCCGCUUUCGACCCAGAGCAACUCGAGCAGCUGCUAUUGGCGCUCAUGGCCGUCGACGGGCCCAAGUGGCUGCCGCGCGACCGGCCCGGCUCCUUCCUGUACCUGCGUCCGACGCUGAUCGGCACGCAGCCGCAGCUGGGCGUGCAGGCGCCCAAGGAGGCGCUGCUCUACAUCAUCGCGACCUUCAUGCCCAAGAUGGACGCGCCCCCCGGCGGCAUGAAGCUGCACACCAGCCCGGAGGACAUGGUGCGCGCGUGGGUCGGCGGCUUCGGCUACGCCAAAGUCGGCGCCAACUACGGGCCCUCGCUGCUGGCGACCAACGAGGCGCGCGCGCGCGGCUUCGGCCAGAUCCUGUGGCUGUACGGGCCCCAGGGGUACUGCACGGAGGCGGGCGCCAGCAACUUCUUCGUCGUCUGGAAGGACGCCGCCUCGGGCAAGACGCAGCUCGUCACGGCGCCGCUGGACGACCGGCUGAUUCUGGACGGCGUCACCCGCCGCAGUAUCCUGCAGCUGGCGCGCGAGCGGUUGGGCGACGACCUCGAGGUCGUCGAGAGGCGGUAUACCAUCGAUGAGGUUAUCCAGGCGGACGCGGAGGGCCGGUUGGUGGAGUCCUUUGCGGCUGGCACUGCGUUCUUCGUCACUCCCGUGUCUCUGGUCCAUCACCGCGGAAAGGACGUGCAGUUGCCCAUGGGCGAGGGCGAGGGCGGCAAGUUCACGCUGCAGCUGAAGCAGUGGAUGAAGGAUAUCAUGUAUGGAGGCGAGCAGCACCCUUGGGGCGUUGUUGUCCAAGAGGAGAUUUAA